AUGGCGUCUGUCGUGGUCCCCGUCUUAUACGUCUUCAUCGUAUUUGGCAGUCUCUUCGUGUUCAGCUCCUUUUACAGGCGACGCAACGCAAGCAAAGUCUACGAACCCUACUUCCCCCCGCAUCGCGAGCGGGAUGUCUAUGUCUCGCUUCUGCAAAAGACAGACCCUCCGGCGUCCGACGCACUUCUCAAAGCUGCCCUUGUCCGCCGUGCCGUGACAAACGUCACUCGCAUCAUCAGAAUCAGAGAAGACAAGCCUGCCCUCCAGAUUCUCCUUCAGAAAGGUUCUAUUGGUGACGACCUAUGGAAUAGCUUGCUGGCAGCGGAAAAGGAACUAGAGGCAGAAGUUCUGGAGGUUAUGACGGAGGCGAAUGCGUACGUGGAGGGUUGGGGCCAGAUCAUCUUCCAGACUGCUACGGAGAUGAUGCAUAACGAGAAGAUGCGACAGCUCGUCGAACAGAUCCCUGUCAUGCGCCAAGCAAGAGAACGAAAAUAUGGUCGCACGUCGAGGGCUUCCCAGAUGGCUGCGCCUCAAACACCCUCGAUUCCUGUCUCUGCUUCUCUUCACAAGCCUACUUCUCCGGUACCUCCGGAGACCCCAGUUUCUGCUCAGUUUACCAAUGGAUUAGCACCCCCCCUCAGUGCAGGCGCUGAGAGCGCAUUCAGUGAUAGUGAAAGCCCAUCGUCUCCUGCUUCUCCUCGUUCGCCUCCAAAAUCGCCGUCCAAAAAGAUGAAAAAGCGCAAGUAG